UAGGCUCGUGGUCGGUGUAUCACGCGCCCAAAUGUAAGGCGGCCUGUGAUUGGCUGGCGGGCGUCCCUCCUGACCAAUAGCGGCAGGGCUUUCAUCGGCCUGGCUCACAUGACAGCUGAUCGACCCGCUGCAGGACGAGAGAGUCAAGAUGCUGGACAGUCUCUUCAACAUUGACAACGGUUACCUUGAGGGUCUUGUGAGAGGCUUCAAGAAUGGCAUCUUGAAGCAAAAUGACUACUUGAACCUUGUCCAGUGCGAGUCUUUGGAUGAUCUGAAGCUCCACCUUCAGAGCACUGACUAUGGGAACUUUCUGGCCAAUGAGGCGUCUCCACUCCAGGUGUCCGUCAUUGAUGACAAGCUGCGUGACAAGUUGGUGACAGAGUUCCAGCACAUGAGGAACCAUGCAGUGGAACCCUUGGCCACCUUCCUCGAUUACAUAACCUACGGGUACAUGAUUGACAACAUUGUUCUGCUGAUCACAGGUGCUCUACACCAACGACCAAUCUCAGAGUUGAUGCCUAAAUGCCACCCGCUCGGCACCUUUGAGCAAAUUGAAGCCAUUAAUGUUGCCUCCACCAGUUCUGAGCUUUAUAAUGCUGUGCUGGUGGACACUCCUCUAGCUGAUUUCUUCGGGGAGUGCAUCAGCGAGCAGGACUUGGACGAGAUGAACAUUGAGAUAAUCCGCAACACUCUCUACAAAGCUUACUUGGAAAGCUUUUAUGAGUACUGCAAGAACUUGGGAGGGACCACAGCCCAAGUUAUGUGUGAGAUUUUGGCUUUUGAGGCUGACCGCAGAGCAUUUAUCAUCACUCUGAAUAGCUUUGGCACAGAACUCACUAAUGAAGACCGGAAGAAGCUCUACCCUCAGUGUGGCAAACUCAACCCUGAUGGCCUGGCAGCUCUUGCUCGUGCAGAUGAUGCGGAGAAUGUGAAGCAGGUGGCAGAAUUUUAUACGGAGUACCGAGCUCUGUUUGAGGGGGCUGGCAACAAUCCUGGAGAAAAGACCCUUGAGGACAAGUUCUUUGAGCAUGAGGUGAGGCUCAAUGUCAAUGGCUUUCUCCACCAGUUCCACUUUGGAGUGUUCUAUGCCUACCUCCGUCUCAAGGAACAAGAGUGUCGCAACAUUGUGUGGAUUGCAGAGUGCAUUGCCCAGAAGCACAGAGCCAAGAUUGAUAACUACAUCCCCAUCAUGUAGACAACAGGAGAGGGAUUGAGGGCUGCUUUAACAGUCAUCUUGUUUGUUUUGAUCGUUACCAAUGGCGGCGAUCGACGCUCUAAAUUUCCAUGUGAAACUGGCCUAUGGGGUAGUGGCGGCUGCAGAGGAAGCAAGGUGUGUUGAGAAUGUGUGGUAAGGUGCGGGGCUAGGCUAACCCCGCAGCCGCCACUACCCCAUCGGCCGGCCAGUUUGACGUGGAAAUACUAUAGCUGCGACAACAGCCAUUGGUAACAAUCAAAACAAACUAAAUGACUGUGAAGUCAGCCCUGAGUGCACAUUUUUGUUGAAGUUAUUAGAAGAAUAGACAAGUAGUUAUUGUGUGCACAAAGAACAAUAUAGAAAUUAUUUAUCAUGUAGAUAGAUUAUGUAUAAAAGAGAACGGUCAUUCCAUAAGACAUAAUAAUGUUCAGACAGAUGGAUGGGGCUUGUCUUUUUGUAUGUAUAUAUGUUUAUAUGAUGUGUGGAUGUUGGUAGGAAAAAUAUAAUAUACAAUCUAAUAGUGGAAUGUUAUAUAGUUUAUCUCUUUAUCCUAUCUAUUUAUCUUUGUUCUGUUUCUUUAUCCUCACUAUCUUAUCCACCUCCUUAUCUCCUUCAUUAUCUCCGUCUCCACCUGUUCCUUAACACACCAACUCUAUUUUAUCUCUUAUUUUUCUUUGUCCCAUCUCACCUGCACAGAUGGGAGGCAAAUAUCAUUAAAAACUAUUGUCUUAUCGAUAUUAUCAUCAUUCAUAAGCCAUAGGAAUUAAGAGUACUUGUCUGUAUUCCACGGUGUGCUGUUAGAGGUAUCUAAAACAAGUAUCACACCGGGUCCUGCGAUGCUGUACAACUGUCACUGCCAAAACAAAUUUCUGUAACAAGUAUUAGUUCUGGCACACUGGAGCAUUCUGUGUUCUGGAAACGUUGGGCUAAGGUCACCAACAGGGAUGAAGUGAAUACAAGAGUUAAGUCCUUGAAUACAAAUACCUCAUUUUUAAGAAUACAAAUGUUAAUACACUAGGAACUUGAAGGCAAAUAUGAGUGCUUAAUGAAAGGAUUCGUAAAUGUAUUCUUGAGUAUUUUUCUUUAAAAAAUUAUUUGCCCCAUCAUCUUAAAUGUUGUUAUGUUAACAAUAAUGGCAUAAUUUAUCAUUCUAACUUCAAGAAUAGUGUAAAUUACUUCUUGAAUCCAAGAUCACAAAUUCCUGCUCUGAAUCUGAAGUAGAAAACUGUUUUCACCCAAGCCUGCCUGUGACAUUGAGAGGAUGCAUGUUUUUGCUGCAAUGGCCCCUAAAGUAACUGCUAUUGGAGAGGAGAAAAACAAAGCAAGAGAACAGGUCAGAGGAGCAAAACCGCAACUGAGGUUGGGAAUAAAUUCAGAAGUUUCAUCUGUAUUGUAUUUCAAGGAGGUUUUCUCAUAAUUAUUGUAAAAUAUUCUUUGAAACUCAUAAUUUCCAUAGCUUUUUCAAAGUGUGUUCUGGUUAUAUGGAAAAGGUUUCCCAUUCUGCUGAGUGUUCUGCCAAUUCCACCAGAGUGACAUGUAUCUAGAGCUGUGCCAUCAGUGACAAGUGUGCGGGAUUGCUGAAACUAGUGUGUGUGUGUUUGUGUGCAUGUGUGUGUCCAUCUGUCUGCCUAUGUAUGUCAACCUGUAUAUUUUUCUUCCUAUAUUACUCUUCAUGAUAGUAAAAUGUUGUAUUUACCAUAUAUGUUUAUGUAACAGUGUCAUGAUUAAUAAAAUGGUGGAUAUUAUGGAUAUUA